AAUGGGGAAUGGAUCAGUGAAACCCAAGCAUCUGAGGCAGCUGGAUAGACAUGUAGCAAACCCCUCUAAUGGCUGCGCUGGCAACCAUAAGUUUUUGAAGGACCCAGGUCUACGUAUCAAUGUGAUCAAUCAAGCUGAUGUUCUUUGUGGCAGGGUGCCUGUAGUGGAAAAGGAGCUGAAGAUAAAAGAUCAAGAGUUGCAAGAGGGUCAAAAUCAUGUUGCUGAGCUUCAGGAACAGUUUAUGCAGACUAAGGUCAUAGCAGAACUCACUAAGGAACUUCAGAGCAAGUGUGUACAGUUGAACAAGCUACAGGAUGUUGUUAGCACUCAAGGAGAGCACUUUCUUCAGCCUUCUCCAUUUAAAGUGGCUUCAAGGAUUCAAAUCUCUGCUGAUAGGAAGAGAGGAGCCAAGGAAGGUGUAUCUGCUGAGCCAACAACACGGCUGUAUGAUUUGAACAGGCAAGCUCUGUUUUCCUUAGGAACAGGAAGAGUCCAAAAGGAUUCCAGUGAGAAGAAUUUUAUUACAGAUGCCCUGAAGAAAAAUCAGUUCUUGAAGUGACUGGAGCCUAACCAGAUCCGAGUUAUGGUGGAAUGUAUAUAUGAAAGGACUUUCCAGCAAGGGAGCUAUAGCAUCAGACAGGGAGAGCCGGGCAAUCACAUUUUUGUGCUCAAAGUGUUACUUUCUUUUUCUAGUCCACCAUUCUCUGGGGCUGGUCAAAUGAUGACAUAUGGUUUAAUUCUCAAAGGCAUUGAAAAGCUGGAUUUUCCUAAAAUAACAGGUCACUCUGCAGAUUUGAUCCGCAGACUCUGCAGGCAAAACCCUACAGAAAGAUUAGGCAAUCUGAGGAAUGGAAUUAAUAACACCAAGAAGCACAGGUAA